AUGCGGCUGCAGUUACUCGUCUUCUUUUGUGCCCUUUACGCGUCAUCGACAGAACAACGACGAGUCGGGGCGGACGAGGAAAAAUGUCGACAAGAUUAUCCAGCGCUGCUUCACUACUUUUCAUGGGCCGAUUAUACGGUUCUGGCAAUUAUGUUGCUGAUAUCCUGCGGCAUCGGGAUGUUUUAUGGUUUCUUUGCCAGCAAGCAAGAAACGAGUGAUGACUUUUUGUUGGGCGGCUCCAGCAUGGGAACAUUUCCUAUGGCAAUGUCACUGGCUGCCAGUUUUGUGACGGCCAUUGAACUCCUUGGAAAUCCAGCUGAAAUGUAUGGACAGGGUACUCAAUUUUGGAUGACCUGCUUGGCAUUUAUAUUAGUCGUUCCGAUCACCUCCCGAUUUUACUUACCGGUCUACAUGAAGCUGAGAUUGACAUCCAGCUACGAAUAUUUAAAUUUACGUUUUAAUCGGCACUGCAGAUUACUGGCCAGUGUUCUAUACAUGCUACAAAUGAUUCUAUACACGUCAGUCGCUGUAUACGCGCCAGCCUUAGCAUUAAGUCACGUGACAGGCCUCAAUACUUACCUAGCCGUAACUCUAGUCUACGUGGUGUGCAUAUUUUAUGCUUCUCAAGGUGGCAUGAAAGCCGUCAUCAUGACGGACACGUUCCAGACGGCUGUACUGUUAGGUUCACUCUUCCUGAUCGUGGGAUGCGGGAUAACCUGGGCAGGAGGCAGUGCUGUAGUUUGGGAGCAUAAUUAUCAAACAGGAAGAAUUGAAUUUUUUAAUACAGACCCAAAUCCUACGGUUCGUCACAGCUUCUGGAGUGUCGUAAUUGGCGGUACAUUCUAUUGGGCUACGAUGUUCUGCAGCAAUCAGGCAUCGGUACAGAAAUAUCUAAGUGUGAAAAAAAUUGGACAAGUUAGAACAGCACUUUGGGUGUCGGCCAUUGGUCUGAUUAUCAUUUAUACAGUCAAUUUCCUGACUGGUAUGGUACUCUACAGUGUCUACAGACAUUGCGAUCCAGUAACUGCAAAAUAUAUUACGGCACAGGAUCAAUUGCUACCUCUCUACGUUAUGAAUUUUAUGGGCGAACUCAAAGGCGUUCCUGGUUUCUUUGUAGCCGGUAUCUUCGCCGCCUCUCUCGGAACCGUCGCCAGCGCUCUAAAUUCCCUAGCGGCAAUAACCUGCGAAGACAUCCUGCAGGGUGUAUUAAAAAUUGAAAUACCAUCGGGACGCGGCGCUAUUUACGCACGAUGGAUCAGCGUCUUUUUCGGGGCUUUGAGUUUCGCGCUUGUUUUUGUCGUACGUCAACUCGGUGGUGUGCUACAGGUUGCAUUGUCCUUUAACGGUAUGGUCGGUGGAGUGACACUAGGAUUAUUUACCCUGGGUAUGUUCGUACCAUGGGCAAAUGCUAAAGGUGCAAUGGUGGGUGCUAUCACUGCUCUAGCUUUAGUAUUGUGGAUUGGAUUGGGAGCACAAGUGGCUGCGUUAAAAGGUGAUAUCCAAUUAGACAGCAAACCUAUUUCCGUUGAUGGUUGUCCAUGUGUGAACGAGACUACGUUAAUCAUAUCAAAGGUGGAUGACACUCACGUUGAAAUUUCGCCAAUAUACAGGGUGAGUUACCUGUGGUACAGUGUGAUUGGCUGCUUGACGACCGUCUUGUUAGGUACUGUUGUUAGCGUUGCUACCGGUCCUCAAAAUAUUGCUGAUUUGAAUCACGACCUUCUUUGUCCACCCAUCAGAUCGUUGCUUGGUGCUCACAAAAAGCCCCGUACUAGGAACAUUCAGGGUAUUGCGAAUCUUGCCCUUGAUCUUGACGACGAGAAGAUACAGAUUGAAGGGAGUAAAAGUGAAAAGUAAUAUAUAAUUUUAGCAUCGACAUCGAUCAUCAAUUAUUGUCAUCGUCAUUACCGUCGCUGUCAUUGUCGAGAUAUACAACAUUGUUGGUAGAUCAAAUUCAAUGUGAGAUAUAAAAGAAUUCUUUUGUGAAUAUUCAUAAGCUAUACCAUUUCAGUAGCUCUCGUUAUUUAACAAUUGCUCGUCAAACAAUUAUUCGUAAGGUUAUCGACUAUUCUCUUUUGAAAAAAAAAAAUUUUUUUUAUCAAUUCAAGAGAUAAUAGGCAUAGCGGAUGAUCAGUAAUGUCAUGACUCUACGAAUUAUUUCAGUCGACGCCAGUAGCAUUUGAACAAUGUAACAUAUACGCAGAAACCACGAUUUACAGUACAUACGUAAAUUACUCAAUUAUUUAUAGCACACUUAAAUGCAACAAUUAGUAAUUCAUUUUUAGAUUAUAGUACAAAAUACAGUAUUUCUAGAUUCAUUUAAGCAUCGUGUUUUACAUAUAGUACCUCGCUCGAAAGUCUCUCAAACGUUAUUUUAUGAACUAGAGGAUCGCCGUUAUGGAACAUAUUCGUGAAGAUGACAACAAUAUAUUCACAUAUGACUCCAAUAUACAUGGUUUUCAGGUACCUACCUAAAUUUUAAUAUUUAAAUAGCUGCUGUAUUUCUAAUGCUCUUAGUCUGAUCAAUCUGAUCUAGCAGCAGUGCUAAGUACUUAUCAAUUGUAAAUAAUAUAUGUGCGUGUAAAAAUAAAUAUAAAAUAUAAAC